UUGCCAACCGCCACAGUCAUGUGACGAAAGGCUCAGCUUUGCUUUCGUUUUGGUGAAAAGUGGAGUUAAGUUUCGCUUUGUCCCGUCAGCCUCAUGUUGAAGCAAGAUGGCGGACGUGGACGACUCCGAGCUGUCUCUGCUCAGCCUGAGCGACGAGCUGACCUGCUGUAUCUGCCUGUGUACUUUCGACAGCCCGGUGACAAUCCCUUGUGGCCACAACUUCUGCCAGGAGUGCCUCCUCUCCACUUGGAAGGAAACCUACAGCUGUCCGCAAUGUCGGACCCACUACCCCACCAAGCCGGAACUGAAGAAAAACACUGUCCUCAGCGCCGUGGUCGAGACCUUUAAACUGCGGUCGACCAAGGACGAGGCGGAUGCGUCCGCUUCCGGAAUGGCGCCGAGCAAAGCGGCCACAGUUGAAGCCAUACGCUGUGAUACGUGUAUGGAAGCAAAGGCGGUCAAGACGUGCCUGACCUGCAUGGCCUCCUAUUGCGACCAGCACCUGCGGCCGCACCGCGACAACCCGGUGUUCCGCGUCCAUCAGCUGACCGAGCCCCUCAGCGACCUGUUGGAGCGCAUCUGCCCGGAUCACCACAAGCUCAAGGAGCUCUUCUGCACCGAGCACGACUGCCUCAUCUGCGCCCUCUGCCUCCAGCAAGUGCACAAAACCUGCGACUUCAUCCCACCCGAGCAGCAAAGGACCAAGCAAGAGUCCAACUUGAGACAGAAGUUGGGUUUCGUUGACAAGAAGGUUAAACAGAACGAGGCCGUGCUAUUUCAAAUGAGAGACAUGCAGCAAACCCUGAAGGGCAGUGCCACCACCAAGAAAUUGGCUAUUGCUCAUCAGUAUCAACAGAUUCGAGACAUGCUGGCCACUGAGGAGUGUGCCGCUAUGAACGUGGUGGACCAAGAGCUGGAGUCUUCUCAGACCAAGCUCAGGGUUAUCGUGAAAAGGUUUUCUGACAAUAUUAAUAGCUUGAGCGUGGCUAAAGUGGACAUCCAGAGACUACUUGGUCAGCCACAAACAAUGGCCUUUCUGCAGGCUUCAUUUAACCUGCCCAAAGCUGCAACCUUUGAUCCUUACGCCCCUCGAAUCAACUUGGACUCCAAAAGGUUGAUAGCAACCGAGGAGUUUGCUGUUAAUCUGAAGAAACAGAUGUGUGACAUCCUGAAUCAGCCUAUUGAUGCCAGACUACCAUUAAUUAAAACAGAGGAGGAGAAAAUCCCGACAAGAUAUCCCAUAAAGGACCAUCCCCCAGCGGCGAAGGCAGUCAACGUCAAAGCUGACAAGAAGAAGACGCCGCACAAAAAACCCAAUAAACCCAAUCCAUUCCUGCGCGACAGCAAAGAACGGACACAAAAUUUGUCUCGUUCUUUGGAAAACCUCCUGGGGUCUGGUGGGAAAGUAAAACUCAUACCCCACCUGACUCAGACACCUUCUCAACCCAAAGAAAAAACAGAAACGAUGGACCGUUCUUCACACCUUAUCGCUGAAAAUAGACACCAUCUUCUGAUGUAUGGCGCUGCACUCCAUUUUGAUCCAAAGACGGCACACAAUCGCAUCGUACUAACUGAGGGUUUCACCCUGGCAUCUGUAUCAGACCAACCUAAUCCUGCAAAGUACAAUUGCCCCGAACGCUUCUCUGUCUGCUCUCAGGUGCUCGCCUCUCAGGGUUUCAUGCAUGGGUGCCACUACUGGGAAGUCCGGAUUAAUAACAACAACUUCACUGGCGUUGGGUUGGCUUACGGUAGCAUUGACCGCAAAGGUCCCACCAGUCGACUUGGCCGCAACGCCAAGUCCUGGUGUGUGGAGUGGUUUAACAGCAAGCUGUCAGCUUGGCACAACAGCAGCGAGAUUGUUGUCGACCAUACCAAUCCAAAACGUGUUGGUGUGUUGGUGGAUUGUGACUCGGGCUCUGCUGCGUUCUACAAUGUAACAGAUAGAGCCUAUCCCAUCUAUUCUUUCGCGUACCCAUUCACUGAGGCUGUAUAUCCAGCUUUCUGGAUUUUCUCCUCUGAGUCAUCUAUUUCACUGUGCAAACUGCAGGCCUGAGGAACACAUUGACAUUCGCCACACGCCAUAUAGUAGUGGUACAAUAAUAGUCAAUAGUGUGCCAUUGGAAUUUUUGGGGUAUAUCAUUAUCGCUAGUGCAUUUGUCGUUGAAUGGCCAAAGAAAAUCCUUAAGUUUCGUUAUAGGUGCCUGUGUUAGAUGCAUUACAUUAAAUUUUUACAGGUAAUUCUUAAAUGCAGGGGUUAAAAGAACAUUCGAUGCUCUAACGCUAAAUUACAAACAACAAAAAUCUUGCAUUCAAGUCAAUUUAAAAAAAUAAAUAAAUAAGAUGAAGUCACUUCACACUGCAGAUGACUGGCUAAUCUUUUACAAUGCGUAGAAUACAUUACUAAUGUUGUCUUUAAAAGUUCUCUCCUAAACUCUGGUAAGACAUAUUCAGGUCACUUGUAUUGUGUGUGUGUGUGUGUGUGUGUGUGUGUGUGUGUGUGUGUGUGUGUGAAUGAAUGUACCCACCCAAAGUUUUUGGUUUUUGCUACCUGGCAAAACCAAGCAUCACUCACAGCAGAACCUCAAAAGUCGAUCACCUUCCAUUCAGGGACAUUUGUCAACUUCCAAUUUGUUUGACCUUCUAAGCAAAAAUUCCCAUCAAUUAUAUUUGGAAUUUAAAAUCAAUCAUUUUCUGUAGCACUUGUCCUCAUUAGAGUGGAUGAUGAGCUGGAGCCUAUCCCAGCUGAGUUUUAGUGAGAGCCUGUGUUUACCCUUGACAGGUUGCCCGCUAUUUCCAGGGUACGUAUAAACAAUCAACGAUUAAAUAAAAAAAAAACUUUAAACACUCGGGUCUACUUUGACGAUUGAUUGGUAAUAAACCUCACACACAAAUAUUUUAAACCACCACAGCUUUGUGUGUUCAAUGGGCCAAAAGAAAAAGAAAGACACACACAGAAGGAAUCCUUCGAUGUCGACUGACAUGAAGUCUUGUGAGGUAUAUUGAUGGCUUGUGUAAUAUGCUAAUGUCACACAUUAUUGCAGUUCAUUGGCCUAAACUUGAUCAACAUUCCAAGGCAGCGUUUUCCUGAAACGUUUAGUUGCCCUCUCAAUUGUAUUUGUAUAUAAAAAUAAAAUAAAAUAAAAAAAUAAAAUAUAUAUAUAUACACAAAAUAUUAAUUUAAUUUAAUAAUAAAAAUAUAUUAAAUAAAGCACACAAUAUGUCUUAUAGCCUACCAAUCCAUACCGACAGUACAUUGUAUCAGAGGGCCGCUGAAUGGGGCCAACAUGUACAAAAGUGUGCUUAUUGAUUGAGUGUUGUUCUCUUAUCUCUUUGGGAGUGGCUAUAUUUGACUUGGUGGUAAAAUUUAAUACACUGCUACAAUGCUGUAAAUGUUUGCUCGAGCAAAAUAAUUCACUCUUUUGAAUUGUGUUUUGUUGAAUUUCUUUUUCUGCGUCAAUUCCGAUUUGAAAUGUUGUACUUAAAAUAAUUUGUGGUUCUUAAGUGACGUUUUAAGCAAGUCUUAUAUGUUAUUACAUUUUCUGGCUGCCAAUUGUGUGAGUCUGUUUGGUGUUGUAUAAUUUGCAUUACUAAUCAUCAUUUAAUGUCUCUUAAAAGGCUUUCUCAUCGAUGUUAUAUGCCUUUGCAUUGUCAUCACAGUGCAAGCAAUGUAUAUUGAUUAUAAUUGGGAAAAAAAUAAAGUUUCAUAUGAUUA